CGUUUUAAUGCAUGCGAGCCGCAAUACAACUGCAGUGUAAACAUACGCAGAUUUAGACAGCGGAACUUUGCAUACAUACGUAUUGGAAGGUUUGGCGUCAAGCAUAAAAAUGGUAAAGAAGACUUUGCGAUUGGUUUCGGCUUAUGUUAUCGAGAAGUCAAUACUAAAUCUCGGCUACAUGUUUCGCAGGGUUAUGUGAUGAACAGAGAUGAUGAUGAUGAUGAUGAUGAUGAUGACAUCAAUGUUAAUACUAAUGACAAUGACGAUGAAGAUCAAAGCACAGAUUGA